UAAAAAACGUGUUUUUUUUGUUUUUAAUUGUUUUUUAUUAGUUUCUCAACGUAAUAUUAACAAUAUCAAUAUUAGGAGUUGUUUGUAAGCCUAAAAAUCACCCAAUAUUUCAAUAUUAUAUCCAAAACAUCUAGAAACUCAGUGUUUGACGUUCCUUUUUAAAAAAUAUUGAAACAUUAAACCCUUACUGCCUUUAUCUAUUAUUUUUUUACGUCGUUGCUUUUGGGGAAUCACCGAAAUUUAGCAGGACGCUCGUAUUCGUUGGCGCUGAGAAAACCGGGGAAUUACCGAUUAGCUUUUGCAGGUGUUCUGUUGUUAUUUUGUGAUUUACUUGCCUUGUGCCGGAAAUAUUUGUGUUUAGUGCUUAUUUAAGUGUGUUUAAAUAAAUUAAUUAUUGUUAAUUAUAUUUUCUGUGUUUUAUGAUAAUAAAUUAUUUGUUACCUACUGUAGUGACAUUAGUGACAAAAACUGAAUGUUUAUAAUGUCUUCGAAUUCGAGUUCUUGUUCUUCGCGGGAAUCACGGGGAAGGAAAAGUUGCAAAGUAAGUUCCCUGUUUAAAAUGCUAAAAACACAGAAAAAAAAAACUCCUCAAGUAGAGUGUACUUUUUGUACACUUCAACUAUCAAAAAAUGGGACACGUUUGUUGGAACAUAUUAAAAAAUGCCUAAAAUGUCUAGAGGAAGUUAAAAUAAAGUAUGGAGUGACGGAGAGAAAACAACGAAACAUUGGACUAUUACAAACAAUACAUGAAAAAAGGGAGGAAAAAGUUAAAGAAAAACCGAAAUCACAAUCUAAAGAGGUGUCCGCAUUCAUGGAUAAAAUGACACCUGAACAAAAAGUAAAAGCCGAUGCUUUAGUAGAAAAUAUACAGUGGCAGAAGUUGUUUAAAUUUCUCAGACCUGCUUAUCAGAUACCAACCCGACACCUUGUAUCAGGCCCACUAUUAGACAGUGAGCACCUACGUGUAAAGGCUAUGGUUUCGGAAAACAUUGACUGAUGCGACAGAAGUCAUAUACAAGGUAGCACAGAAGAUGCCAGAUGUCGAUGAAGCAGCCGUCUUAGCUGACGUUGUCAAUUUUAUUGCAAAAGAAGGACUAUUCAAAAAGGCUUUUCUAUGGAAUGAGGACACAAUUGCAGCUAUCAGCCCUAUUGCCUGGUGGAGUGGUCUUUGCUCAAAUACCGCACUCUCCAAGUUGGCGAUUCGUUUUCUAGAGUUGCCAGCGACAUCAGCAGCAUGUGAAAGAUCCUUUUCUUCAUAUUCGGGAAUUCACACCAACAAGAGAAACCAAUACUCGAGCGUCAAAAAUCGUGUAUGUGGCUCCAUCCAGUUCAGAAUCAAUUGCUGGCCCUAGCUUCACAGUCAAUCCUGCAUUAGAAUCUGAACCGGAACCAAUGAUAAUAUCCAAUUCAGAUCAGUCGGAGUCUGUCUUUGAAAGUGAUGAAGAGGAAGCUUCAGAGUCUGAAGAAAAUGCAGAUAGCGACGGGACGGAUCAGUGUUCAUUUAAGGGAUUCGGUUAAUUAAUUGAACCUUUUCAAUCAUUAAG